UCCAGGGCCUCUCAAAUGAGGAGAUAAAAGAGGACUUAGCUAGUGUUUAUCACUUCUGGGAGUCCAGCCCUCCUCCCCGCCUGCCGGUGGGGGCUUCCGCUCUCUGGUCACCAGGAACCCGCUUUCCUCAGAAUGGGAGCUAGCAUGCGCCACAGGGGCUCUUGUUUUCCAGCCAAUCCCGAGCCCAAGGGCUACUGGCCCUUAGAAACCCGCUUGGAGGUUCGGACUACUUGGGUGUUCAGACUACUGAAGCCAAGCUGAGCUGAGGGAAGUAGCCGUGAAGUAGUUAACUUCUUAUUACUCCUACAAAAGUACCCUGCGUGGAAACAAUGAAUUCCAUUAAAGUCUAUUAUACCAGCGUGUCAGGCUCUAGGGAGGUAAAGCAGAGACAAGAAGAAGUUAUCAGAAUUUUAGAUGCUUACAAAGUACAGUAUGAAUUAAUAGAUAUUUCUAUCAGUUUGAAAGUACUCCAAGAAAUGAGGAUGAAGGUUUCCACACCUAAGGCUCUACCACCUCAAAUAUUCAAUGGCCAAGACUAUUGUGGAGUAAGAGAUUUCGAAAUGUUCCACAAGGCAAAGGAAAACAAAGAGAUUCUGAAAUUCCUGAAGAUGGAAUGAACGGGCAGUUAUGCUGAGAUGUUUACUAAGACGGUUCUACAUAUACUUCAUAGAUCUGUUUAAUUAAUCACUUUAAUACAUGGACUGGUUCCAUUUCAAGGGUGCAUUAAAUAAUUUCUUUGUUACUCUGUGAACAUUUUAUUUAACUAUAAAAAAACUGAGCUGGGGGUGUGGCUCAGUGGUUGAGCACUUGCCUAGCAUGUGUGAGGCUCUGGGUUCGAUCCUCAGCACCACAUAUAAAUAAAUAAAAUAAAGGUCCAUUGACAACUAAAAAAUAUUUUUAAAAAAAUAAAAAAUAA